GCGCCGAGGACCAGCCCAGGGGCCCUCAGGAACCCAGGCUCAGGGGUCCUCAGCAGGGCCCCGGGUGCCCGCCUCUGACAACGUCGUUCCCCGCCCCGGGCCGCGCAAAAGGCUCGGGGUGCACUGGGGAUUUUUCUCCACCCUCAGACUCAGCUUCGUCGCUGGAGUCCGUUCUUCCGGAACACAGAACGCAGGCUGACGGCGCGCCCAGUCACGAUCGGUAGGCGAAGCUGCUGGAUGGAAGCCGGCCGAGCCGCCGUACGGAAGCGCCCCGCCCCUCGCGCGCUCCCGGCCGGCGCUCGCACCUAGCUCCCGGGGGCGGCGCGCGCUCCGGUGUGCGGGGGCAGGGCGGGGCGGGAAGGGGCGGGAAGGGGCGGGGCGCACGCUGGAGACCCGCCCCUGAUCCCCUCCCCCUCCGGCGGAGAUUGACGAGCACUGGGCAUCGGCCCCAACCAAUGAGCGCGUCCGGGGGCGGGCCCUGGAGCCAGCUGCUUUGGCUACUUAGAGUCGUCGGCUGGGCUGUAGGAAACCAGAACGGAGUCGGGACUGCCCAGGUGGAGUAGGCGCCCCAGCCAACGUGGACCGGCAGGCGCACGGGCAUCGCGGCGGGGACCGCACCGCACGGAUCCGCGCGGGGCAGAGCCGAGCCACAGCCCCACGCGCCGCCCAGGACACGCUCGUCACCACCACCUCCGCAGCACCCAUGGGGACCAGGAGACUUUAAAGGAGUUUGGGGUUUCGGGAGCAGGGAAAUCACGGAUCCCCGCUUCUGGCCCCGGCCUCGCCGCGUCAUUGAUGGGCAACCAACUGGACCGCAUCACCCACCUUAGCUACAGCGAGUUGCCCACCGGGGACCCGUCGGGGAUCGAGAAGGACGAGUUGCGGGUCGGGGUUGCCUACUUCUUCUCGGAUGAGGAGGAGGACCUGGACGAACGAGGCCAGCCCGACAAGUUUGGCGUGAAGGCCUCCCCGGGCCGCGCUCCCUGCCCGGAGAGCCCUAGCCGUCGCCGCCACCACCACCUGCUGCACCAGCUGGUCCUCAACGAAACUCAGUUCUCCGCCUUUCGGGGCCAGGAAUGCAUCUUUUCCAAAAUGAGCGGCGGCCCUCAGGGCGCCGACCUGAGCGUCUACGCGGUCACGGCGCUGCCCGCGCUCUGCGAGCCCGGCGACCUGCUGGAGCUGCUGUGCCUGCAGCCCGCGCCAGAGCCGCCCGCGCCCGCCCCGCACUGGGCCGUCUACGUGGGCGGCGGGCAGAUCAUCCACCUGCACCAAGGCGAGAUCCGCCAGGACAGCCUGUACGAGGCGGGCGCGGCCAACGUGGGCCGGGUGGUGAAUAGCUGGUACCGCUACCGCCCGCUGGUGGCCGAGCUGGUGGUGCAGAACGCCUGCGGCCACCUGGGCCUCAAGAGCGAGGAGAUCUGCUGGACGAACUCGGAGAGCUUCGCCGCUUGGUGCCGCUUCGGCAAGCGGGAGUUCAAGGCGGGAGGGGAGGUGCCGGCCGGCACGCAGACCCCGCAGCAGCAGUACUAUCUCAAGGUGCACCUGGGUGAGAACAAGGUGCACACGGCCAGGUUUCACAGCCUGGAAGACCUCAUCCGCGAGAAGCGCCGCAUCGACGCCAGCGGCCGCCUGCGUGUGCUCCAGGAGCUCGCCGACCUUGUGGACGACAAGGAGUAGCCUGGGGGAAGCCGCCCGCCCCUCCAGCCUCCCAGCACCCCGCUCCCUCCCCCGCACGCGGGAUCCCAGGCCGGCGAUUCAGCACCCCCCGACCCCCUUGAGUGGCCACCCGCAGCGGCCAGCGCCCGGGCUGCAGCCUCGCAUCUUUCUGGCAAGUGGCAGGUAGUCCCAGGAACUGGUCUCAGGAACUGGCCCCGGGACUGAAGGGGCCGCGCCCGCCCGGCUGAGAUCCCCAGUGGUGAUGAUGGUGUUGGGAGACCCAGCGUGCGCUUGCCCCUUGAGUUGUAAGUGGGGAGAGGAGAACGGGCCGAGGGAAGCAGGGACAAGACCUCCCCCCAAGAGUCACUGGUCUAGUGACUAACACCCGACCUACUAGAAAGGGACCAUCACCGCCCCAAACGUGCACACACAGACCGGUGGGAGGUGAGAAUGGAUCCUUUCAGGGCACAGCUCAGCUCUAGUAUGGAUGUGUCCCCAGACUGCAGGAUUUCCAAGAAAUCGAGCCUGUCCCUCAUGCACUUGUGAAUAAUUCCACGAGGGAGCAAGCACUUCGGGACUCCGGGUUAUCCCGAGGCUGCCCGGGACUUUUUCAGCUCUCCAGUCCCUGGUCUCCUGACAUUGUAUCCCAGGCUCCGGGCUAAGCAAGGCAGUGUUUGUUUUGCUUCCCGUUCUUUCCACCUAGGGAAGCGAACGCCACUCCCCACCGGCAUUUGCCUGUGAGUCUCCCUUGCUGGCAGAAAGGAUGCCUUCCCGGUCCCCGGAGGAUAAUGGCGCAGCGAAUUUGAUGAGGAGAGCCGGCCCCGCCCCCCUGGACAAGAGAAGGCUCACACCAGGUGUCCGCGAACUUGAAUCUGUGUAAAGGGCGCUUGUUCUCAACCCUAGAUGGCUCCCUCCUUGGGCUGCGUUUCAAAAAUAACCACAGUUUUAAAGGGGUUGGAGAAGACGGAGGGGAAAGACAUGGCAACAUUCCAGAAACCAGCAUUAUUACAGCACCAUAGCCAGUGUAUUUAGUUUGGCUUUUCCUAACACAGAAAUCUCAGAAGGUGGGGAAGUGGAAAUAAAGUCUUAAAAUCGAGAAAGCAGUUGUCCAAAUAUGUCAACAAAGCCUAUCGUGUUGAUGUUUUUUUAUUGACCAUUUUAGCAACAUGCUAAUAAAAUUUCAAAUUGAAAUUUUUAUUUUCAUGGCUUUAAUCCAUGAUAGUUUAAAUACUGGGGGCCAUUGAGAGUGGAUUUAGCUAAGAGCUUAGCUAACAUUGCCUUUUCACUCUAUUUUUCUCAAACCUUAUGAGAAUUCUGUUUUUGAAUAUUGUAGUUAAUUUUUUGGCUUUAACGGCAGCCCUAGUAAUGGUGGAGUUGUUAAUCCAUGUGUAUAUUGUGCUGAAUCUCCAUCAGUUAAGGGGUUUACUGCUUCGGUGGAAAUUGCUAGCAGGUUCCAUGAUGUUAAUUUCUCGAUGUUGUAUACCACUACCAUUCCACAUUUGCAUUUCUAUUUUUCUUCCUCUCCCCCCUGAUCUUCUUAAAAAACGAAUGUAGAAUUGGUGGCUUUUUCCCCCUUCUCUUUAGCCAGUCCCACAAUUCAUUCCUGAAAACCGGAAAGAACUUCUAGGAUCAGGUCGAUCGUACGGUUUUCAAAAAAUUAAGGCUGUUUGAAACCCCUUCCUUGGGUAAGGACUUACCAACUUCUCUUCUGUGCUGCAGCCCCAGCCUGAUUAACUGUUACUCGAUUCAGUGUGUGUCAGACACACCUCCAGCAUCUACGUCCCGUCCCUUCCAGGGGAAUUUGUCAAAUAAUGGUGUUUAGCUAAUUGUUGCAAGCAGUCGCCUACUGACAGUUGUGAUCUAGUUGGACAGCAAAUAUUAUGGCCAAAGCCAGUUUCUUGGCAUUUCAAAAACAAUGCAAUAAAAACUAGUCGAGGUUAGCUGCGACUGGAAAUGCCUUUCUUUUGUUUGUUUUCAUGGUAAAAUGAUUCAUCUCUGUUUUGUUUUUUGGUUUUCAGCCUGGAUUCAUUCCCUGAUCUUGACUCAAAAGGUCAGCUCAAUGAACUAUGAACUAGAGUAUUUUUCUUAAGCCUAUUGAGUGAUUUAUUUUUAAAAAAAUGUUUAAAUGCCUAUGCUUUUCUUUCAGCACAUACAACAGCAAAACUUUUGUAAUAACGAACUUAACAUUUGCAUGUAUGGAGAACUGGAAAUCAUUUAUUUCCCUAACUUAUUCCCCUUUCAAAUAACAGAUGUCGGAUCCUAAACCGAAAUUCUUUAUUGUAUCUACACAGCCCACAUUCUUUACUGUGUCCUCCUACUGUAUCUUGGCUCUCUGCUGUAUUAAAUACCAUCCUAAGCA